UAAGAAACCGAUCUCUCCCCAGAUGGCGUAUUCGAGCGCUGCGAUCGCCAAUAGAACACUGGCGUUUGCAAAGAUUUUUUCUCUAUUUCCUUACAAAGAUUCGUUAUUUAGUCAUUCAUUCUUAUUUACUUAUAGAUCCAAAAUACUGUUCGUUCGUGAACACAAUGAACGAAAGUUUUCAUUUACAUUACAGUGUCAAGACUGCUUGUCAGGUUGAAAUGCAAUUGUUCUGUGGUGUUGUUGACUUCUUUUGAUAUGUAAAUUUAAUCGAAACUAUAAAAAUUCUACUGAAAGCAGUUGUGAUGGUUGUGAUGUGACGAGCAUGAUAGUGACAAAAAUUUCCUUAGUAAGAUUGACUAUGGAGGACUAAAUAGGACAACUUGUGUAUUCACAUCCAUGACAAUGUUUAUAUUUAAUUUGAAUAGAAGUUUUCUUAGUAUCAUCAUCAUCAUAAAUUUUUCUUAGCUUCCCUACAAAGAUGCUCCGUUUUCGAUUAUACACGUGUAAAAUAAUUAUUCUCACAUCAUUAAUAUGGUUUACGCUAGGAGUUAUAGUUUUGAUGUAUUAUACAGACUGUGUAGGUAGCAAUAGCUGGUGUAGUAAAAAGACUUCUUCUGUGGUGCAAGACACAGUGCAAUUGUCUUCUAAAUCACCAACUGCUCCUAAUGGAAAAUUUGUCAAGUGGAAGGCUGUUGAGUACAAAAGCAAUCCUUCCCAUUGGCCAGGAGAGAAAGGAAAAGCAGUUGUUAUUCCUAAAGAAGAAGAACCUUUAAAAAAUGAGAAAUUCAAAUUGAAUCAAUUUAAUUUAUUAGCCAGUGAUCGUAUUGCAUUGAACAGAAGUAUUAUUGAUGUGCGAAUGGAAGGGUGCAGAAACAAAGAAUAUCCUCAACUUCUACCUACCACCAGUAUUGUUAUUGUUUUCCACAAUGAAGCUUGGUCUACCUUAUUACGUACAGUUCACAGUGUUAUUCGCACUUCACCCGCUUCUUUAAUUGCCGAAAUUAUUCUUGUGGAUGAUGCUAGUGAACGAAAUUAUCUUCAACAAAAACUAGAAAACUAUGUUGCCAAACUCAGCAUACCUACCAAAGUGAUGCGUACUGGCAGGAGGUCAGGUUUGAUAAGGGCCCGGCUUAUUGGUGCAGCUGCCACUACAGGACAGAUCAUAACAUUUCUGGAUGCGCACUGUGAGUGCACCAAAGGGUGGCUGGAACCUCUUCUGUCUCGCAUAGCUCAAGAUAGGAAGAGAGUUGUGUGCCCCAUUAUUGAUGUCAUCAGUGAUGAAACUUUUGAGUAUGUGCCAGCUUCAGAUAUGACAUGGGGUGGUUUCAAUUGGAAACUCAACUUUCGGUGGUAUCGCGUUCCCCAGCGUGAAGUUGACAGAAGAGGGGGAGAUCGCACUCAACCUCUCAGGACCCCAACCAUGGCUGGUGGACUUUUCUCGAUCGAUCGAGAUUUCUUCAUUGAGAUUGGAAAAUAUGAUGAAGGAAUGCACAUUUGGGGUGGAGAAAACUUGGAACUUUCAUUUCGAAUUUGGAUGUGUGGAGGUACCCUGGAAAUAGUCACAUGCUCUCAUGUAGGCCAUGUGUUCAGGAAAUCUACACCCUACACUUUUCCUGGAGGCACGAGCAAGGUGGUUAACCACAAUAAUGCCCGUCUUGCAGAAGUUUGGUUAGAUGAAUGGAAAGAUUUCUACUAUGCUAUAAACCCCGGUGCUCGUCAAGCUGAUAUAGGUGAUUUGACUGAAAGGAAGAGGUUGCGUUCUGAUUUAAAAUGUAAAAAUUUCCGUUGGUAUUUAGAAAAUAUAUACCCGGAGUCUCAAAUGCCACUUGACUAUUUUUAUCUUGGUGAAAUUAAAAACAUUGAAAGUGCUAAUUGCUUAGAUACAUUUGGUCGUAAAAGUGGAGAAAAUGUUGCGAUGGGUUCUUGCCAUGGCCUUGGAGGAAACCAGGUGUUUGCAUAUACCAAACGUCAGCAAAUCAUGUCCGAUGACAACUGUCUGGAUGCCGCUUCGAGUGAAGGUCCUGUCAAAUUAUUGCGUUGUCAUGGUAUGGGCGGUAAUCAGAUGUGGUCUUUCAGUAAAGAGGAACAAACAAUCACACAUUCCCAGACGGGCCGUUGCUUAGAUAAGCCAGACGAUGAUGAUAUCACACUUCCCACACUCAAGAAAUGUGAUGGUCGGCAAUCACAAAAAUGGGUUAUGAACACCAACUUCAAGUGGCAAGCUGACACUUCCCUCUAAUAUUCCAAUAACAAUGGGCUCUGUUACUUAAUAAUCACUGCAAAAAUUUUCCUCUUUUUCUUUUGUUCGUUUUUUGUUGUUAUUUAUUGACUUUUCAUUUGAUCAAGUCUAAUAGUUUUACUUUUGAUAAAAACUUAUUAUUUUAAAGACCAACUACAACAUUCCAUAUAUAUCUAUUGUUUCAUAUUCUUUUAGUAAAUAUGUUUUCAUAUUGUACCUGGUUUUUCUUUUGAGAAAUGCACUCUGCAAUCUUUUUAAGGGGUAAAAAACAAUAAUUGUAAUAAAAAGUAUAUAUUUUGGUA